UGGCAUCCUUGUGCGUUACCGCCCAACCAAAAUGAAUAUGCAUAGCUUACUGAAGAAGCUGGUUUAUCUGGAAUUCCAAACAGUUGGUUACUCUUGUUCUGUCUGCUAAAUUGAAUUUAAUUAUAUAAUCAGAUAUAUAACUACAACAUGAAUCCUGUUGUGCAGCAACAGGUUUUAGAAGCCACAAAAAUAAUAGAAAGUCAAGUCGAUGCAGAGAUCGAAAGGAUCGACCACCUGGACCAAGACGACCUGGAGAGUAUACGUAGACGUCGAUUAGAAGGAAUGAAGAAACUCGAGGAACAGAGCAAAACUUGGCUAGCGAAUGGACACGGCAUUUACACUGAAGUGCCAGGAGAAAAAGAGUUCUUUACAGAGUGCAAAAAAAGUGCUAAAGCUUUAUGUCAUUUUUAUCGGGACAGCACAUUUAGGUGUAAAAUAAUUGAUAAACAUCUUUCCAUCCUAGCUCCGAAACAUAUAGAGACUAGGUUUCUGAAGAUCAAUGCUGAAAAAGCACCAUUCCUUGCGGAGAGACUCCGGAUCAAGACUCUGCCAACAAUUGCAAUAAUCAAAGACGGAAAAACUACGGAUUAUAUUGUUGGGUGA